CAAACAUCAAAAGAACCUUGCUUAUUAGUCACGUGACUAUUAUUGAGCGAAAAUCUUGAAAAAACCCACAUGAGAAGGUGAAAAUGUCAGGAAUAGCCAUUGGAAGACUGAGUGAAGAACGCAAAGCCUGGCGCAAGGAUCAUCCAUUUGGCUUUGUUGCGAGACCAACAAAAAAUCCUGAUGGAACUUUGAAUUUAUUGAAUUGGGAGUGUGCAAUACCUGGCAAAAAGGGAACCCCAUGGGAAGGAGGAUUAUACAAACUCAGAAUGUUAUUUAAGGAAGAUUACCCCAGCUCACCUCCAAAAUGCAAGUUUGAGCCUCCACUGUUCCACCCCAAUGUGUACCCCUCAGGCACAGUGUGUCUGUCUCUACUGGAUGAGGAAAAAGACUGGCGUCCAGCCGUCACAAUUAAACAGAUUUUAUUGGGUAUCCAAGAACUGUUAAAUGAGCCUAAUGUCAAGGAUCCAGCACAAGCAGAGGCUUACACCAUAUAUUGUCAAAAUCGUGUGGAGUAUGAGCGACGAGUUCGAGAGCAAGCUGUCAGAUUUCGGGAUCCUUCCUUAUAACUGGAGAAUCAAGUUAAACAUUUCAGGGAUGAUAUUGUGUUGCAUUUUUCUAAAACUCUCAGUAUGGUGAUAUAGAACAGAAGUUGACCUUUAGUUAUAUGCUUUUUUUCUGGCAGGAUUCAGUAGAUAUCAAUAAUUCAGUGCUUCUUCAUGGACAGGAUUAUUUGUGUAUUCUGUUGUAGGAUUCACCAAGUGGAGAGCGACUUCCUUUCCUUGUAUCAGUGUUGGUGCAUUGUUCGUGACAUUAAUUAUUAGAGCAAUGCAUUUUAAUGUUGUUGACAUGUAUAAGAAGUCUCCAUUUUAUAUAAACCCUUUUUUCUGUAAUUCAUGUUUUGGUCUACCAAAAUUUGGAUUUGGUAACGUAAAAUUCUGAUUUGAAUUUUUUUUUAAAAAUGAUAUACAUGUAUUUUUUUUCAAACAAAUGUUAUGGGUUUGAUGGAUUCCAGUUAUGUGAAAUUCAUGAGACUACAAAAGUGAAGUUGUAAAUAAAGUAUUUUUGAAAAACUGUGCAUUAAA